AGGGGCCCUACAGGAAAGGAGAAAUAAGCAAGAAUUGAGUCGAGACUAGGAAGCUUCGGUUUGAGGAAGACUUGGAUCUGUUGCUCCACCCCGCCCAGGAUCAGGCGAGGGGGAACCAGUUCAGCAGCUGCCAAGUGGCGCACAGCGCGGCCGCGAACACGGGAAGUGGAGUCCUGGGUGCGCGCUGCCGGGCGUUUGCUUCUCCCGCGCCCCAGCGACCUGCGUCCUCCCACUGGCACCCCUUCUCCACUUUUCCCCCCGUUUGCAAUCACAUGGCAUUUUAAGAAUGCUGGAAAGAUGGCGGUAGCAGCGGCGGCUGUGGCUGCGCCGGCUGGCGGGGGAGGCGGCCGGGCGCAGCGGAGCGGACUGUUGGAAGUUUUGGUGCGGGAUCGUUGGCAUAAAGUUCUGGUGAACUUAAGCGAAGACGCCCUGGUGUUGAGCUGCGAGGAGGGCGCUGCGGCGUACAACGGCAUAGGGACUGCCACCAAUGGCUCGUUCUGCAGGGGCUCCGGGACAGGGCACCCGGCUACUGGUGUCACUCAACCCCCGGACUCUCCCGCCGGGGUCCGCACAGCCUUCACCGACCUCCCGGAGCAGGUGCCUGAGUCCAUCUCAAACCAGAAGAGGGGCGUGAAGGUGCUGAAGCAGGAGCUGGGAGGGCUGGGCAUCAGCAUCAAAGGGGGCAAGGAAAAUAAGAUGCCCAUACUCAUCAGCAAGAUCUUCAAGGGGCUGGCAGCGGAUCAGACCCAAGCCCUGUAUGUGGGCGAUGCUAUCCUGUCGGUGAACGGAGCAGACUUGCGGGACGCCACCCACGAUGAAGCCGUGCAGGCACUGAAGCGCGCAGGCAAGGAAGUACUGCUGGAAGUGAAGUACAUGAGAGAAGCCACGCCUUAUGUGAAGAAAGGAUCCCCUGUCUCUGAGAUUGGAUGGGAAACGCCGCCACCUGAGUCCCCUAGAUUAGGGGGCAGCUCUGCAGACCCUCUGUCAUCCCAGUCCUUCUCCUUCCAUAGGGACCGGAAAAACAUCCCCCUCAAGAUGUGUUAUGUCACCCGAAGCAUGACCUUGGCUGACCCUGAAAACAGGCAGCUUGAAAUCCACUCUCCGGAUGCUAAGCACACGGUGAUCCUGAGGACAAAGGACUCCGCCACUGCCCAAGCCUGGUUCAGUGCCAUCCAUACCAACGUUAGUGACUUGCUGACACGAGUCAUUGCCGACAUCAGAGAACAGCUGGGGAAGACGGGCAUUGCUGGCAGUCGUGAGAUCAGACAUCUUGGCUGGCUGGCAGAAAAGGUGCCAGGAGAGAGUGAGAAACAGUGGAAACCGGCCCUCGUUGUUCUGACCGAGAAAGAUCUUUUAAUCUACGACAGCAUGCCGCGAAGGAAGGAAGCCUGGUUCAACCCGGUGCAUUCAUAUCCACUUCUUGCUACCAGGCUCAUCCAUUCAGGCCCAGGGAAAGGCUCACCCCAGGCUGCCAUGGAUCUGUCCUUUGCAACACGAACUGGCACCAAGCAAGGAAUUGAGACACAUCUCUUCAGGGCAGAGAUCGGCAGGGACCUCUCCCACUGGACGAGGAGCAUAGUGCAGGGGUGCCACAAUUCAGCCGAGCUCGUUACCGAAAUCACCACUGCCUGCACCUACAGAAACCAGGAAUGCCGCCUGACCAUACAUUAUGACAAUGGAUUUUCUAUUUCUACUGAGCCUCAGGAGGGUGCCUUUCCCAAGACAAUCAUACAGUCCCCUUAUGAGAAGCUCAAAAUGUCUUCGGAUGACGGAAUCAGGAUGCUCUAUUUAGACUUCGGAGGCAAAGAAGGGGAGAUUCAACUGGACCUUCACUCAUGCCCCAAGCCGAUCGUUUUCAUCAUCCAUUCCUUUCUGUCUGCCAAGAUUACAAGACUGGGCUUAGUGGCCUGAACAGAGGGGCGACUGCAGUGCCACAGGAGUGCGACAUUGGGCAGUACGGCAAAUGGCGCACGCACAGCCGGCCAUCAGGGCUCAGGAGUCCCAUGUAACAUCCCAGGCUCCUCUGUCAGUUCCAGGAACUACAAGGGACACCCUAAAGAAAAUCCCACCAGGGAUGUCAGAAUAGAACUUCUUAGAGCAGAACAAGGUUAAGGGGGUGAGGGCAAACGAAUAUACACAGCACAUCUUCUGAAUAAUGACAACCAAGGACACAGCCAUUACAACAGCAUAUGCAGAUCUUAAUCACACCAGUUUCUAGGCAACUGGUUCACCCAGGUAAGCCAGGGCUGAGCAGAUGAGAAAUGGAUAGUUUCACCUACUCUUCUAUCCCCCCCCCCC